AUGACUCGAAGAAUAAGGAAAUAUAUUAUUAUCAGCAGAAGCAGUAGUGAUGGUUUGAUGGAAACAACCUUAGUUCUGGCUGACCCUGGAGGCGUUGUGGAGAACCACAUAAGUCGAACCUCCACCCCAGAUAACCACAUAAGUCAAACCUCCACCCCAGAGAACCACAUAAAUCGAACCUCCACCCCAGAGAACCACAUAAGUCGAACCUCCACCCCGGAGAACCACAUCAAUCGAACCUCCACCCUAGAGAACCACAUAAGUCGAACCUCCACCCCAGAGAACCACAUAAAUCGAACCUCCACCCCAGAGAACCACAUAAGUCGAACCUCCACCCCGGAGAACCACAUCAAUCGAACCUCCACCCUAGAGAACCACAUAAGUCGAACCUCCACCCCGGAGAACCACAUAAAUCGAACCUCCACCCCAGAGAACCACAUAAGUCGAACCUCCACCCCAGAGAACCACAUAAAUCGAACCUCCACCCCAGAGAACCACAUAAGUCGAACCUCCACCCCGGAGAACCACAUCAAUCGAACCUCCACCCUAGAUAACCACAUAAAUCGAACAUGCACCCCAGAGAACCACAUAAGUCGAACCUCCACCCCGGAGAACCACAUAAAUCGAACAUGCACCCCAGAGAACCACAUAAGUCAAACCUCCACCCCAGAGAACCACAUAAAUCGAACCUCCACCCUAGAGAAUCACAUAAGUCGAACCUCCACCCCGGAGAACCACAUAAAUCGAACCUCCACCCUAGAGAACCACAUAAGUCGAACCUCCACCCCGGAGAACCACAUAAAUCGAACCUCCACCCCAGAGAACCACAUAAGUCGAACCUCCACCCCGGAGAACCACAUAAAUCGAACCUCCACCCCAGAGAACCACAUAAGUCGAACCUCCACCCCAGAGAACCACAUAAAUCGAACCUCCACCCCAGAGAACCACAUAAGUCGAACCUCCACCCCGGAGAACCACAUCAAUCGAACCUCCACCCUAGAUAACCACAUAAAUCGAACAUGCACCCCAGAGAACCACAUAAGUCGAACCUCCACCCCGGAGAACCACAUAAAUCGAACAUGCACCCCAGAGAACCACAUAAGUCGAACCUCCACCCCAGAGAACCACAUAAAUCGAACCUCCAUCCUAGAGAAUCACAUAAGUCGAACCUCCACCCCGGAGAACCACAUAAAUCGAACCUCCACCCUAGAGAACCACAUAAGUCGAACCUCCACCCCGGAGAACCACAUAAAUCGAACCUCCACCCCAGAGAACCACAUAAGUCGAACCUCCACCCCGGAAAACCACAUAAAUCGAACCUCCACCCUAGAGAACCACAUAAAUCGAACCUCCACCCCGGAGAACCACAUAAAUCGAACCUCCACCCCGGAGAACCACAUAAAUCGAACCUCCACCCCGGAGAACCACAUAAGUCGAACCUCCACCCCAGAGAACCACAUAAAUCAAACCUCCACCCUAGAAAACCACAUAAGUCGAACCUCCACCCCGGAGAACCACAUAAAUCGAACCUCCACCCUAGAGAACCACAUAAGUCGAACCUCCACCCCGGAGAACCACAUAAAUCGAACCUCCACCCUAGAGAACCACAUAAGUCGAACCUCCACCCCGGAGAACCACAUAAAUCGAACCUCCACCCGAGAACCACAUAAACCGAACCUCCACCCAAGAGAACCACAUAAACCGAACCUCCACCCAAGAGAACCACAUAAAUCGAACCUCCACCCCAGAGAACCACAUAAAUCGAACCUCCACCCUAGAGAACCACAUAAACCGAACCUCCACCCCGGAGAACCACAUAAACCGAACCUCCACCCAAGAGAACCACAUAAAUCGAACCUCCACCCAAGAGAACCACAUAAAUCGAACCUCCACCCCGGAGAACCACAUAAACCGAACCUCCACCCCAUAGAACCACAUAAACCGAACCUCCACCCCGGAGAACCACACAAAUCGAACCUCCACCCCAGAGAACCACAGCCAUUGGACGCCCACAAGAGGACCAGUCACCGUGCAAUUGACGGUGACAUCAUCGGCUUACGACACAAGGGUCAGGGAUCCUUGUCUUGUCGCGCGACUUUACGGCUGAGUUGUUCCCUCGCUGUUAUAGAAUAA